AAGAUGCGUGUGCUACAAUUUACUUUUAAAAUUUUGACAAUUAUUGGAUGUUGGCAACCGGAAUCAUGGUCAUCGUGUAUGCGCACAGUUUAUGAUGUGUACACAGUUUUCAUAGUUAUACUAUUGCAUACAUUUUUGAUAACGCAAUUUUUGGAUAUUAUUUGGAAUGUUGAUAAUGCCGAAGAUUUUACUGAAAAUUUCUACGCUACAUUGGCGACGUUUGUUUCGUGCUCUAAAAUGCUUAGUUUGUUGCUAAAUCGAAAUAACAUCGAUACGUUAACUAAUAUACUUGUCGAAAAACCAUAUAGACCAUUGGACAUCGACGAAAUGAUAAUUUGGAAUAAAUUCGACAAACUGGUAUAUAUCAACACACUGUGUUAUACGAUUCUGAUAGUAACAACUAGUAUAUGCUUCACCUUGACAUCUUUACUCACAGAAUUUAGAAAAAGAAACUUGACGUAUAGAGCAUGGCUACCAUACGAUUACAAUUCGUCUACUAUCGUGUUUUGUCUCACAUAUGCUCACCAAGUUAUUAGUUUAACAGCCGGAUCAUUUAUCACUGUGGCUUGCGACAGUCUCAUUUGCGGAUUGUUGGUGCAUAUUUGCUGUCAAAUCGAGAUUUUAGAAUGCCGUCUCAACAAAAUAUCUAAUGAUCAUAAUAAUCUUCACGACUGUAUAUUUCAUCACGAUAGUAUAUUUAAAUAUGCACUCAGAUUGAACAAAAAAUUCAGAAUGACUAUCGCUAUGCAAUUCAUCGUAAGUAUGAUGGUGAUAUGCUCCAAUUUAUAUCAAAUGACUAAAUCGUCAACUGUAGAUGCGAGUUAUCUUCCUUUAUUGCUGUACAUGUCUUGCAUGUUGACACAAAUUUUUAUUUACUGUUGGUAUGGAAACGAAGUAAAGUUAAAGAGCAUUCAAGUAAUGGACAAUAUUUUUGAAAUGAAUUGGCUAACACUGGACAAGAAUCUUAAAGAAAGUCUAUUAAUAGUUAUGAAUCGUGCAUUAGUACCAAUAGAGUUUACCAGCGUUUAUGUUCUUUCUAUGAAUCUUGAUUGUUUUGUUGGGUUACUUAAGACGUCAUAUUCAGUUUAUAAUUUAUUAAAACAAGUGUAA